GAUUGGUUAUGAUCAUAAAGUGAUGUUGUCCAUGUCGGGCGUUACUCUACAUAGCAAAUGCUUCAGUGUUAGUUAGUAGUACAGAAUAUUAUAAAAUUGUUGCGAGUUUCCGUGAUGGAGGUUGUCCUCUUCGGGCUCUUCUCUUCGGAAGAUGAGGAGUUAUACAUUCUGGAUUGCAUGGCUUACUGUAUGAUUUUCAUGGCAGUCGGGGUUUUCGUUAUUUUGCUUUUCGAAAAGCUCCGAUAUGGGCGAUAUAGUGACAGCAAAUAUGGAUUUCCAGUCAAUGCCAAGUUUGCCUGGUUCGUUCAGGAGAUGCCUUCUUUCUUUGUGCCUCUGUGUCUGUUAGUUUGGGCCAGCCCCGCGAAAACCUCACUAUUGCCCAACCAGCUGCUCAUUGCCAUGUAUAUUUUCCACUACGCCCAGAGAUGCUUUAUUUACCCAUUUUUAAUUCGAGGAGGUAAACCAACACCAUUCAUCCCAUUUGCCCUGGCCUUUGUUUUCUGCUUCUACAAUGGAUACAUGCAGAUCAGAUACCUAAGUCAUUAUGCUGAGUAUCCUGCGGACUGGGUUACACAUCCAUGCUUCACUGCUGGGUCUGUACUGUGGUUAGUUGGCUGGGUGGUGAAUGUGCACUCAGACCACAUCCUGAGGAACCUGAGAAAGCCUGGAGAGACUGGUUACAGAAUUCCCAACGGAGGAAUGUUUGAAUAUGUGUCUGGAGCCAACUUCUUGGGAGAGAUAACUGAGUGGGUAGGCUUCGCUUUAGCUGGCCACUCUGUUCACAGUUCAGCCUUUGCCAUCUCCACCAUAGUGAUGCUCGCCAGCAGGGCUGUGCACCACCACAAGUGGUACCUUGCUAAAUUUGAAGAUUACCCAAAAAGCAGGAAGGCCUUGAUUCCCUUUCUGUUCUAGAGAACACUUCUGGCUGGAAAAAGUACCGUAUUUGAUUACAACAGCUGAGAAGAACAAAUAAAGAUGUAGGUUUUUUGUUU